UUCCAGUACAAAUGAAAACUUUUCGAAUCUUUAGAACUUUUUGUUUACUUAGGAUUGUGGUGUAUAUUUCUACAAUAUUCGUCAUUUGGGGUUGAGAGUAAAUUUCUUUUUUUAUUAGAUUCUGGUGGUUAUAUAUUUUAAGAUACCUCGGUUUUUGAAACAGUAUGGUUUGAGUCUUUGCGUCUGAAGAUUGUCCUGCGAAAUUCGUUUAUUUCGAGCAAAUCCGUGCGAGUAAAACUCCGUAAAAAACUUUUUUAGAGAUAGUUUAUUGUUAGUUUUGAAUUAAUUUAGUGUUUACGUAUUUAGUAAUUAAGUUUCGAGACAGUGACUCUAUAACAGUGAAAAUGGGUAAAACCAGAAAACCUCAUUCCCAACGUUCAUCGAAGAAAAAGCGAGCUCUCAAAGCAUCAAGAGCUGCAUUUAGGACAACUCGCACUAUUAUCAUGGAUGAUGGCGAUAAUGUAUCAUCCUCAUUGCAAAAUAUAAAUGUGGAUUUAUCAAAAUCACAAUCGCCUACACAAAAUUCCCCGCCAUACGAAAUUCAAAAGAAUUCUACAUCACAGGUUCAAAGAAUACUAACGGGUCGUCGUAUAGUUGAUAUAGAUUAUAUUAUGAAGCAAUUAAUGGAACAUAAACAUGUUGCUUUGUAUAACUGCAACAUAACAAAUCUGCAGUUUGUUAAAGAAGAUAGAAGUGGAUUUUCAAGUAUGUUUCUGUUUGAAUGUAGCUUGUGUAAAUCACAGCUUCAAUUACAUUCAGACGAUCCUCUUAUAAAACCCGAUGUUAACAUGGCGGCUGUGUCUGGGGCGAUUAUGUCUGGAAAUGGUUUUAAGCAAUUAGAUGAAAUAACAGCUUCGCUCAACAUACCACCCAUACAUAAACGCCAAUAUUAUCAAUGCCAAGAAAAAAUACACACCGUCAUUGGAGAAUGUGCGUGGGAUGAAAUAGAGAAAGCUGGCAAAGAAGAAGUAGCUUUGGCAUUAGAACACGGAGAUGUCGAUGAACAGGGUACUCCAUUGCUUACUGUGAUUGCUGAUGGCGCUUGGAGUAAGCGAUCCUAUAAAACCAACUACAAUGCAUCCUCGGGGGUUGCUUGCAUAAUUGGUAUGCGCACAAAAAAAAUUCUUUUCCUCGGAAUAAAGAAUAAAUACUGUGCCAUUUGUGAACGAGCUCGCUCAUUGGGUAUUGAUAUAAAACCACACGAAUGUUACAAAAAUUUUAGUGGACCUUCGACAGGAAUGGAAUCAACAAUCAUAGUAGAAGGCUUCAAAAAGAGUGUAGAACUACAUGGGGCAAAAUUUUAGUUAGUGGAAAAAAUCGAAUGUUCCAAUCAUCUUUUACGCAACUAUUGCAUCCGCCUAAAAGAAUUAUGCGGCCGUAAGUUCAGUUCACGAGGUGUUUUUGUACCUGUUACGUUAAGAAAAUUGUUGGAAAAAAACAUAAGAAGAUUACGGACUGCUGCAGUCGCCGCCGCCAAACAUAGAUCCAGUCAAAUAGACGAGAAACUGCUAUGUAAG